CUUCACCACCGGCUAUCUUCCAAAGUUCUUUGGGGUCAUUUCCACAUUCUUGUCUUGACUGACGAUUGACGCAUCAAUCCGACUCCACGUUCGUUGUCUCCUAUCCUCCAGCCCGACCCACGCGUGCUAUCGAGAGGCCGUCACAUGCAACACCUUAACUGCCCCUGGCCGUUCCAGCGCAAUUUCUCCUUCCAUUUCUCGCCAAGAUCUACUGCCCCUGCUUUGGCACUUAUAUCCUCGCCUUCUUUUGCAUUUUCCGUCCUCGGAACUCCCUUCUACAACACAGUGUCCGCAUCUGCUGCCGCUUCUCUCUUUCGGGACAAUUCGCCGCCAUGCAGCAUCCCACUUCAUUCUUCGGGCUUUCGCGCCGCGCCAACACCCGACACCUGCUAUUUCUGUGCCUUGCCAGCACCUUCCUUGCGGCGGCUUCCCUCUAUUCUUCUCUGUCCAGCUUCGCUGUUCAGGCUGCUGGGACCGAAGGAAACGGUGGCCGACAUGCGAUGUACACUGCCGGCGCCAGCGGCAUCUCUGGUGAACGACAGCAGGGUGAACAAGAUGAAACAGCGUUGUUGACGGGAAGAAUGUAUGAUGGCGAACAAGAUCAAGUCGACGCGCAAGAAGCCCCCAUGGAGCUGCAGGAACGCUCUCAGUCACAUUCGAGAAGCAAAUCAGACGGCUUCUUCGAGUAUGGCUAUCGCAGCCCUCGCUUGCAGAAGAAAAAGAAGAUGAGCCUGCUGACUCAUCUUCUGCCGGCGCUCGCCUUCGUGGUCAUCCUGAACUUGGGUGCUGCUGCUGUCUACUUACACUCCCAAAGUAAGCCUUGA